AUGGGAGGUGGAGAAAGUGUUCCCUUGACACCUUUACAAUGUAUGCUCAAGAAUUUUAAGGCAGGUUAUAUGACUCAGGACUAUGGCAUUGAGUGGAGUAGGCGCGAGUUGAGGCGUUUUUGUGAGGCAGAAUGGCCGACCUUUGACCUCGGCUGGCCUGACAAGGGCACUUUAGAUGCUAAUAUUGCCCUUAAGGUCCACCAAUUGGUGUUUCAUCCAACUGAGGGCCAUCCAGACCAGGCUCCUUAUAUUGAUGUCUGGUACAAUCUUCUGAGGAGACCCCCCCCUUGGCUUUUGAAAUGCAAAAAUCAACAAUGCCUUCUGAUGGUGUCCCGGAAUCUGUCUGAAAAAGAGACUAAGAGACGACUGCCAACUCCCCCAAUCCUUCCAAGUGCCCCUGAAGAACUUCCACAUCCGCCACCAUAUAUGCCUCCUCAUAGUUUGGAUACUUUUCCAAGAAGGCGUUUGAAGUCUUCACCCUCAAGUCACCUGUCCUAUGGCAGAAGGGAAGUUACUGGAUCUGUCGUGACUGUCCGGUCCCUGACAUCUAGUGGCCAUGGAGCAGAGAGACGGAUGUUAUGUUCCCCUGUGAGUUCCUUUAAAGGAUCCCAAGACUUGACCCUAACACAUGACCCAGAUAUGCCUCCACUUGAGGGAUCAGAGGAAGGGGAAGAAAAGGGGACUGAGGCGACAGUGGCUUCUCCAGAAAGAGAAGAGUCUCCGGUGGCUACACGAACUAGGUCCAGGACUGACCCGCCGUCGCCCUCUGCCUUCACGGCUCCUUUGAGACAAGUGGAUCAGUUAUUAGUGGAUAGGGACGAUCCAAAUAAGGUGGCAACUACUCCUCUCUUCCAACAUGUCCCAUUUUCCACUUCGGAUUUGUUGAAUUGGAAAUUCCACUAUGGCCCUUAUAGUGACAAACCCAAUGAAGUGGCGGAUCUUGUCAAAACAAUCAUUGACACUCACAAUCCAUCCUGGAUGGAUUUGCAACAACUUAUGGGGACUUUGUUUAAUCCUGAGGAGAGAGAAAAGAUCCGAGUUGCUGCCACUCAGAUUUUAAAGCCGGACGUGCCAGUUCCCUAUAAUCUCAUGGACUGGGUUGAGCGAAGGUUCCCGUCUGCCGACCCUAAGUGGGACCCGUAUGACAACCGUCACAUGGCUGAAUUACAAGAAUAUCAGAGACUAUUUGUUCAGGCAGUAAGAGCGGGAGGGAAACCGGCUACAAAUAUGUCAAAACCUUCCUUGGUUAUACAGGAACCCAAUGAGAGUCCUGAAGCCUUUUACUCCCGUCUGAUUGAUUCUUACCGUAUGUAUACCCCCAUUGAUCCAAUUCUGCCAGAAAAUGCCAGAAUGUUAGCAAUGGCCUUUAUUUCACAAAGCGCCCCAGAUAUUAGGAAAAAACUCCAGAAACUCGAAGGGGCAUUGGGCAAGCCACUGAGUGAAUUGAUGGAGGUCGCUAGAAAGGUUUUUGUUAAUCGGGAAGUUCGUGAAGAACAAAAGAAGGACCAGAGGAUGCAAAAGAAGGCUGAAUUGUUGGCGGCUGCCAUGAUGAGUGGACCCAGAGAUGGCAGAGGUCUCCGGGGCCGAGGGACGGGAAGGACUUUGGGGCCUAAUCAAUGUGGCAUAUGUAAACAGGAAGGCCAUUGGAAAGGGGGCCACACCAUUAGUCAUCAAUUUGUUUAUAUGCCAGACUGCCCUAUGCCUCUUUUGGGUCGUGACUUACUUUGUAAAUUGCGGGCGCAAAUCUCCUUUUCAGAAGAUGGCCCAAUGCAUUUGAAAUAUGGCAAAGUUAAUCUGGACAUUCCCCGGGAGGAAGUGUGGAGAUUGAUGGUGGCCUUGGACGCCCCGCAGGGUGGGAAGUGGAUGGACUUUGCUGUUCCCCACCUGUGGGCGGAAGAUAAUCCUCCAGGUUUUGCUGGCCACCAUCCUCCUAUUGUGAUUGAGGAAAUUCCCCGAAGGAAUCCAGUCCGGAUUCGUCAAAGAGCCUAUCCCAGACACAUUGUCGCGUCCAUUCAGAAAGUUAUUGAGACUUACCUUACUUAUGGCAUUCUGAUACCAAUAGACUCACCAUGGAACACUCCCAUUCUACCAAUCCCAAAAGGAGAUGGCCACUUUAGGAUGGCGCAGGAUUUGAGACGUGUUAAUGACGCAACUGUUACCAUUCACGCGACCGUGCCCAACCCAUAUGUUCUUUUGGGACUAAUACCCCCUACUGCUUCUUGGUUUUCGGUCAUCGAUUUAAAAGACGCUUUCUUCACAAUACCUAUUCACCACCAAUCUCAGCACCUGUUUGCCUUUGAAUGGGAAAGCCCUAUAACCGGACGGAAACAACAAUAUACCUGGACUCGUUUACCACAGGGGUUUAAGAAUUCUCCCACACUGUUUGGGGCUGCACUUGCUCGGGAUUUGGAGGCUUUGGAGAUCCCUCCUCCUGAUGUUGUCUUACAAUAUGUUGAUGAUCUCCUUGUGACUGGGACUUCUGAAGACGUUUGCUGGGAGAACACUUCCAUUUUACUACAUCUUUUACAAGACUUGGGUUACAAGGCCUCCAAGAAGAAGGCCCAGUUGGUUUUACCCAAGGUCCGGUAUUUGGGUUAUGAUAUUCAGCAAGGCAGCCGCACCUUGGCCCAUGAGCGAAAGGAAGCUAUUUGUCAAUUGCCAGUUCCUAAGAAUCGCAAGGAGUUGCGGGGUUUUUUGGGGGCAGCCGGUUUCUGUCGAAUCUGGAUUCCCAAUUUCGCCAUUCUGGCCAAACCAUUAUAUGAAGCCACCAAAGGGGCGGAUAAGGAACCAUUGAAGUGGGAGAAAGGGGAACAACAAAGUUUCACCACUUUGAAGCUCGCUUUAACUCAAGCACCUACUCUCGCCUUGCCUGACUUGGAGAAACCUUUUCAACUUUUUGUCGACACAAAACAAAACAUGGCAGUUGGUGUGCUCACGCAGAGGAUGGGGACAUGGUUUCGCCCCGUCGCGUACCUGUCUAAGCAGUUGGACAAUGUUGCGAAAGGAUGGCCCACCUGUUUGAAGGCAGUUGCGGGGGCAGCCCUUCUCACGCACGAGGCCAAUAAGUUGACCUUUGGCCAUGACUUGGAAAUUCAUACUCCACAUACUUUACGUGCUGUGUUGGACAAUAAGGGACACCUUUGGCUUACUAACCCCCGAAUGUUAAAAUAUCAAGCUAUGCUUACUCAUAACCCUUCAAUUCGCCUGGUGCAUUCUAAUGUAUUGAAUCCGGCCACCCUGCUUCCGGAACCUGACUCGCAGGCGUCCCAUGAUUGCCUGCAGACGAUUGAGGAGACUUUCUCGAGUCGCCCGGACUUGAAAGAUGUGCCCCUUGUUAAUCCGGACUACACGCUCUACACUGAUGGUUCCAGUUUUCUUCAUGAUGGUGUUCGGAAGGCUGGAUAUGCCGUCGUGACACUGGAGGAUGUUUGGGAGGCUCAACCACUGCCCCCUGGCACUAGUGCCCAAUUGGCUGAACUACACGCCUUAACGAGGGCCCUUGAAAUGUCCUAUGAUUUGCGGGUCAACAUCUAUACGGACUCUAAGUAUGCUUUUCUAACUGUCCAAGUUCAUGGGGCCCUUUAUAAAGAGCGGGGAAUGUUAACAGCAGGUGGCAAGGAUAUAAAAUAUGGAUCUCACAUUCUGCGGCUCCUGGACAGUGUAUGGGCUCCCCGAGAAGUUGCAAUAAUGCAUUGUAGAGGUCAUCAGAAAGGGGUUUCUGAUAUUGAUUGUGGUAAUAAUAAGGCUGAUCGCACCGCCCGCUCUGUUGCUCUUGCAUUUUUGCUAUCUCAGACUCUUUGUCCCUUGUGGACGCCUCCGUCAACGACAUCCCCGUCGUAUACUCCAGAGGAAGUGACUCAGGCUAAAUCGUUAGAGGCCUCCUUGGUUGACGGUUGGUUUAUCCUGCCGGAUGAUCGUGUUUUUGUUCCCCAACAGUUGGCGUGGGACGUUGCUUCUUCCUUGCAUCAACAACUACAUUUGGGGAAGUCUGCCUUAGCACAAGCCUUGCUCCGAGAGGUGUAUAUUGAUAAGGUCCACAGUUUGGCAACUAAUGUGGUUCUUCGGUGUUCUACUUGUGCCGCCAACAAUCCUCGGCAGGGACCCUCUUUGCCCCAGGGCCACCAACCUAAGGGCUGUUAUCCCUUUGAGUCCCUCAUGAUCGACUUUACAGACAUGCCACGAUCAGGGUCUUAUACUGCUAUGUUAGUUAUUGUUUGUACCUAUACCGGCUGGCCUGAGGCUAUUCCCACUAGAACGAAAAAGGCGGCUGAGGUUACGAAGGCCUUACUUCAAGUUGUAAUUCCACGUUAUGGCCUUCCAACACGCAUCUCAUCUGAUAAUGGCCCUGAAUUUAUUCACCAGGCAACUCAGAAGAUUUCUCGUAUGUUAGGUAUCAACUGGAGAUUGCACUGUAGCUUCCAUCCGUCUUCUGGAGGCUUUGUUGAAAGGUUUAAUCGAACCAUUAAGGAUAAGGUAGCUAAAAUUUGUCAAGAGACUCAUCUUAAGUGGCCGGAUGCCCUCAACAUGGCCCUUCUUGCUGUUCGUUGUGCACCUCGUAAGACCCUCAAUGUUUCCCCUUUUGAACUUUUAUAUGGCAGAAUCCCGAAUCUGGUUGCUCCUACAGGCCUUCAUUUGACGACUCCUCAGUUGGGUGAUACUCUCAAAUGGAAACAAUUGCAAGCCCUUAAUGCCAUGGUCCGCCGUUUGCAGACGUAUGUGUUGUCUUGUCGUCCCCAUGUUAUUGUCACUCCAGUUCAUAAUAUUAAACCUGGCCAAGAGGUGUGGGUCAAACAUUGGAAGCAGGAGCCUUUGGCCCCUAAGUGGAAAGGACCGUAUACUGUUGUCAUGUCUUCUCCCCUUGCUGUUAAGGUUGCUGAGGUCAAGUCGUGGAUCCACUGGACGCGCGUGAAAUUGGCUGCUCCUGGUUCCUGGUCCGUCACCGCUGAUCCGGCACAUCCCUUGAAGUUGGCUUUUCGUAAGGCUCCCUCUCGCCCGGCUCGUCUUCGCCCCGCAGUUGACAUCUCCCCUGUGGGUAUCACUCCGGAAGCUGAUACUUGCACGGGCCACUACAAUCUUCGUUCCGGUGCUCGCUCCGGUGACAAACAUGGACUCCGCUUCUAGAUUACGGGACACUGCACGCAUUAGGCGUUACCUUGUGCCUUCUGUAUGGCUUAUGACAGUACUCCUUUUCUUAUGCAUUGUUAUUAAUACUAUGUAUCUUUUUAAGGUUUUCUAUUUUGAUCGGCACCCGGGGUUGUCCCCUAUUUCUGAUCCGGUCAACCUUACUGGUUGGGAUGACUCCUUUUCGCCAGGGGGGAAUGGGGUCCCGGUGGAUGGCCAUGGGCCCUUUCCUCCUUGCUCCCAAUGUUUUCUGUAUCUCCCUAAUUCUAUUCACUUUACAUAUAGUCAAAUGCGGAUCCCAGACUGCCAAAUGGAGGAAGGCCUCUCCCCGUGUGAACACAAGGGGCGGCGGUUUUGGCGUUGUAGGCUGCCCUUGAAUGGGACCCUCUGGGAUUCUUGGGAUGGUUACAAUUCUACCGUUAUGUGCCAUGUGCUUGACAUCCCUUGGACUCCGAGACGGUCCCCACGGAGGGCGCGUUCAGUAAGUUUCACCUCCUCGGUGUCCGCUGUGUCAUCACCCUUGACCCUUGCUUGGGACCGUAAUUCUUAUUUUUUGGACGUACAAAAUAUAUCCCGUAUAGUGAACAAGACGGAUUGUUGGAUUUGUAUGCAUGUUCCUCCACAUGCAAAAGGAGGACUUAUAAUACAUGCCAUUCCAUUUAAUAAAACCAUCUGGCUCCAGAACAAUUGGAAGUGGUAUCGGGGUAGAGCAGGCAUUUUGCAAAGUGAUGAUGUGCCAGCUCCCGUUCUGGCUGUUGCCAGCAGAAUCCAAGAGGAGGCAGCAUUCUGUUGGGAAUUUACUAAUACUACCGGGACUGCUUCGCUGGCGGUGGGAAAAUACCCCAACUGUAGGACCACAUUUGUACUGACUCCCAUUAUGUAUAGAAACAACACCUAUCUCAAUGGCACAUACACUGAAUACCUCCAUAACUUUACUGAGUUUGCCUGCACCAACCAGCUAACUGGUGGCUGCUCAAUAAGUAUAGGCUGUCCGAACUACCAAACAUCCCGGGAGUUGGCUAAAGUCCGGACUUCCUUUCCCCUUUGUAAUAUUAUAAGGGCCAUGGUCCGACAGGUCACUGCGGAGCAGAAUCACACAAUAAAUAUAAUAGGUGAUUUUUGGAUGUUGUGUGGGAGGAGGGCAUACCAACGUAUCCCGCCAUGGUGGUCUGGUCGUUGUACUCUAGGACAUGUUGCCCCGUCUGUUAUAAUAUCUGACAGCCGUCCAAAGGGCCGGCUAAGGAAUCGUAGAGAUACAGAUGUUCAACAGCCCAUUAAUUACUAUCUUGAAACCCAACUUUCCCGAGCUGCUCUUCCCCCUUUGGGGGUGGCCAUGAAUUACAGGGAUCUACAUGCUUUGUCAAAUUGGACUACUGUUUUGUUUAAUGAUACUAUCAAGGCUUUGAAAAUGAUUAAUGUGGAAAUUGCACAAAUCAGGGAAGUUGUUUUGCAGAACAGGUAUGCUUUGGAUAUUAUUUUAGCUGCAAAGGGGGGAGUCUGUGCUUUGAUUCAUUCUCAUUGCUGUGUGUACAUCACGGACUACAAGGUUAAUAUUUCCGCUACUGUGCACCACAUGGAAACUGUGGUUGCUGAGAACCCUAUUGAUACUACUGUAUUACAGUCCCCUUGGGAUUGGCUAUGGUCUUGGCUUCCUGAUUUUGGGUGGGUGAAGCGUAUUAUACCCAUUGCUUUUUCUAUCAUCAUUGCUUUGGUGGGUUGCUGUUGCUGCAUACAGUGUAUCCCAGGUCUCUUAUCUCUGUUCAGGCCCCGGUUCAGACUGAAGAAACGCCCCCCCUCAACUACUGUGUUGUAUGCUUGGGAUGUGGAAAGUGACUCUCCCUAUGUUGAAGUUUCACGUGAUUGGUCUAAUUGAAUCUUCAAAAGGGGGGAAUGAGACGGGAAUGGCCGAGUGAUCCCUAAAUCCAUAAGUUGUUCUCCCUUUAAUAGGUUACCUGUACUUUUUACCUAUCUCUUGAUAUUCAAUUGCCUUAUAUUUUAUAUACCUUAUGAUUAGCCGCUUUGUAACCUCAAUAUAAAAGAGGAACUAAAGGUACCAGCUGUACCGGAACAUUUCUGAAACUUACAAGAAAUGGAACAUAACAGGAAGCCAUGUGGGUGGUGUAUGAUAUUUGCUCAACCGUUACCAUGUUAGGAUAUUAGGUGCUUUUUGCUACACGCAAUGUAUUGUUUGACAUGAAACUGUAUUUUCUGUAAUUUUCCAUAGUUACUUCUGCUUUUUGAAUUAAGGUCUAUAAGAA